AUGGGCAGGGUCAUCUUCUAUGAGGACAGGAACUUCAUGGGCCGCUCUUAUGAGUGCAGCAGUGACUGUUCCGACAUGUCCUCCUACCUGAGCCGCUGCCACUCGUGCAGGGUGGAGGGCGGCUGCUGGAUGGUGUACGAUCGCCCCAACUUCAUGGGAAACCAAUACUUCAUCAGGAGGGGCGAGUACCCUGACUACAUGAGCAACUGGGGCUGGGGCAGCAACUACAUCAGGUCCUGCCGCAUGAUCCCCAUGUACAGGGGCCCCUACAGAAUGAGGAUCUAUGAGAGAGAUAACUUCAUGGGUCAGAUGAAUGAGAUAACCGACGACUGCGACUCCAUCAUGGAUCGCUACCACUGGUCUGGAGGGUGCCAUUCAUGCCAUGUGAUGGAUGGCCACUGGCUCAUGUACGAGCAUCCCCACUACAGAGGCAGGAUGUGGUACUUCAGGCCCGGAGAGUACCGUAACUUCAGGGACUACAGCAACAUGAAUUUCAUGAGCGUGAGGCGCAUCAUGGAUUCCUGGUAUUGA